AUGAAAAAGGCAAAUAAAACUGCUAAGAGCCGCGGUAUUCGCUUCGUAUCGAAUAUCACCCCAAACGUGACUGGGGCAGGCUCUCGAAUAUCUUGUGCAGAUGGCAUCUCAUUACAAAAUGAGUACGUCAUCAACGAUGAACAGCUGCACACUGUUCCUGCUCCCUAUGAGUUGACAUUAGAUGUCGACGAAUUAAUCUACCCUUCAAAUAAUCCUCGCCGUUAUAAAAAAACAAAUGACCCACCGCGACCUCAAAACAGCUUUCUUUUAUUUCGAAAGGACUUUGAAGCUAAAUAUAGGUCCCUCCACCAGGGAGAAAAAAUCAUUGCAAAAAAAAUUUCAUCUUUAGCCGCCCAAAGGUGGAAUGAACAACCACCAUCUCCGAAUAAAAAAAAAGAUUUUAAAAACAACGGUUCAGAAAAAAUCAAUAAUUAUUUAAAUUCGAAAACUUUGCCACAACCGGGUGCUGAAAAUUCCGACCAAUCUCCGGAGAUAGUAAAUUCAAGUACUACAGAUGCAUCGUAUGUUAGUUCACAAGAUGUAGUAUAUGAUACAAAUACAUUCAUUAUACAAAACAAUUAUGAUUAUGGUUUUCAACAUUCUUUCAUUCCUUACAACAAUUUAUAUAAUGGCCUUUUGUUCGAUAUUCAUGACCCUGCUUCGUACAACACCGCGUUGUUUGAAACUGAAAUCAACAAUGAUUUAUUGGAAAAUCGAUUUCAAUGA